AUGAGACCAGAGGACUUGGAAUUGCAAACCAGAUAUGGAUUUACAGCCCUUCACUUUGCUGCCCAAGUAGGAAACGUCAAAAUUGCUCAGCUGCUGGUGAAUAUCCACAAUAAGGCGGUAGCGAUCCUUGAUAGAAACGGAGACACACCACUCAUUGUUGCAGCUUCUCUUGGACGUACAAACGUUGCCUCAUAUCUAUUCUCUCUGAGUAGUACUCCUCUUGAACAGUUGAAUGAUGAAAAACGCAUUGAGCUCCUUCUUGCUACUAUUAGCAAUGAUAUGUAUGAUAUAGCAUUGAAAAUUCUGAAAAUGGAUCCAAACAUAGCAAACGCCGACACUAAAUGCUGUUGGGAAGCGUUGACAGUGUUGGCCAGGAAACCUUUUGCAAUUGGCAGCGAAAUGUUCAAAGGGAUGUAUAACAAAACUUUGAUGAAGACAUUAGCGCAUCAAUUAGUUGAAAAACUUUUGAAAAAGGAUGGAAUUCCAGAGAACAUGAGCUUCCCAAAUGCGGUUCACAGUUAUAUUGCUUUAAUUUUUGAAGCUGCAAAAGUUGGAAAUGUUGAAUUUCUAAUUAUCCUCGUACGUGCUUAUCCUACCCUUACAUCGCAACUAGACAAUAAUAACAUGAGUAUAUUUCACAUUGCUAUUUUAUAUCGGCAAGAGAGUGUGUUCAAUCUAAUAUAUGAGAUAGGUGCCGACAAGGAUCGCCUUGCUUCCUAUGCUACUUUAGACUACGGAGAUAACAUGUUGCAUUUAGCUGGAAAAUUGGCUCCUUUAGAUCGACUAAAUAUCGUAUCAGGAGCAGCUAUUAGAAUGCAACGAGAGGUUUUGUGGUUUAAGGAGAUAGAAAAGAUUAUGCCGCGGUCAUUUGUGAACAUGAAGAAUUCAGAAGGCAAAACACCUAAGGAUAUAUUUAAAAUGGAACAUGAAGUUUUGAAAAGAGAAGCUGAAAUGUGGAUGAAGGACGUAUCAAACAACUGCAUGGUCGUGGCAACUUUAAUUGCUGCUGUAGUUUUUGCUGCAACCUUCACUGUACCAGGUGGCAACAAUCAAGAAAUAGGCACUCCUAUUUUUUUGAGAAGUACUUGGUUUAUAGUAUUCUUCAUAUCAAAUGCAAUUGCUCUGUUUUCCUCUACGUCUUCAAUGCUAUUUUUCUUGUCAGUGUUCAUGUCACGCUACAGUGAAGAGGAUUUCAGCGUGUCAGUACCUUCAAAGUUGUUGCUUGGACUGGCCACACUAUUAAUAUCCAUUGUGUGCAUGAUUGUAGCCUUCAGCGCAGCUUGUAUUUUGAUGUAUAAAAGUGCAAGUUCAUGGGCUCCGGUUAUUGCAAGCGCUUCGGUUGGUAUCCCACUUACUUUGUUUUCUAUGGGACAUUGUCCUGAGCUUUUCGUUGAUUUAUUCCUCUCACAAUAUCAGUCCAGAUUUCUUUUCCGCCGGCCAUAUAAACCUAGACUUUUCUUGCAGAAGACGCCUGUUGAUCAGGAAUGGAUUCAUAGAAAAUAUGAAAUGCAAGUCAAACGAAAAGGAUAG